AUGGCUGAAAAAUAUGAAGCUAAUAUUGACAAGAGCUUUAAUAGUAGGAGAUCUUUGGCUCUAAAAAAUGAUCUGUAUAAGGUUCGUAGUGGUGAGGAUGAAGGUGGUUGGAUUGAUGAAGAUGAUCUAAAGAAAUUAAAGGCUCAAUGGGAAGAUGAAAAGUGGCAAAAUAUUUAUAUGAUUAAUAAACAAAAUAGAAAAUGUAAAGCUGCACUUAAUGUGCAUAAUGGAGGAUCUAUAUCUACUAGAGAACAUGCCAAAAAGAUGAGGGUGGAGUUGCAUAGGGAACCAACAUGUUUUGAGUUUUACCAACGUCUUCAUAGACCAAAGGGAAAACCAAAUGAGUGGUUUAAUGAAACAGAAGAUAAGAUAGCUGAGAUGUACCAAACUCAAAUAUUUGAGAAAAACUCACAAAGUGGUGGGGGCAGCAACGAGCAAUCUACCCAACAAUCUGAUAACGAUGUUUACAUGAAUGUUGUUGGAGCCAUAAAUAAGAAAGGACGCAUAUUUGGAUUAGGAUCUUUAGCUGCUAAUGUUAAAUAA